AAUUUAUCCCUUAACUGUUGGUUGUCGUUACACAGUGCCCCGUUUUAUUUCGCAACGUACGCGAAUAUAUAUACGCGAAGGGACUCGAACGUUUCGACUCCACCUCGCGGCAACUCACGAACUAACAGUUUAACGGUUUUUUGCGACGUUUAAACCUAUUCGCUCGCUCCGUGAUAUUUAUCGUCGUACCGGUCGUCGAAAUUAACGGCUGAGUGAAAAAACGGUAGUGUCGGACAUUGGCGUGUACAUGUGUUGUGCCUUCGAACGACAGGAUACACGGAUACCGGCUGUCUUUGGAUAUAGUUCGGUACUGCUGUCGUCCUCCCGGUCCCGUAUCACGGAUUCGUGCUACUGCAUUGCACAAUCGACCGAUAAAUCGACAGACGUGCUUUCUAUCUACGAUUACUAUCGGUGCUUACGAAGAUGAUGAUCAUGAUGAUCAUGAUGAUGGUGAUUUAAGAGUGUCGUGCAGUGGUAUUGUGCAAUGACCGAGAGGCAAACGGCGCACCGGUGUACGUUAUAGGAUCUUAAAUGUACCAAUUAGGUACGUACACACGAUUUUAACAUACGAUGCACACUGAUGCGCUCCACUAAUACAGACACGGACGAGACGUCGUGGUGUUUGUUGGACAAUUCGGCGCCGCGGGGCCCGCCCGAUGUGCCUCCGCGUAAUCCUACAAUGAGUCGCGUCAACGGAAGAUUGCCAGGAAGUCACGCAGCCAGCGACCACGAGCGUGAUCCCGACCUCCAGCCAUCCUGCCUCGUACGCACCUCAUCCGGCGGCUUUUACAGUAUACCAAAGAUACCGAAGAAUGAGUACAACAACAAGAAUCAGUCCACGGGGAAUAGUCCGAUAAAGGUCGAGCUGCAGAACAACAUGGACAGGGUACCUCUGCCGUACGGCCACGCGUCUUCGAUGAUCCCAAUGAGGAGGCAAAGCAUUCGUUGCCAUUUCGUGAAAGGGGUCGACUGGUGCAGCUGGAAAUUGAUCGCUAUGAUACUGCUUAUGGUCUCGCUGUGCAUAACGGCGGCCCUAGCCUACGUCGUGGUCUCGAGCAUAGUGAACCGAUCCUACCAGGGCACGAAAGCGUGCGCGGUACUGGUUAGCGAGAGCACGGACACGAAAGCGUUGUCCUCGGACGGGAACAAGACCUCUUCGUCGGCGAGCGCCUCGUCCUCGCAGUCGAGCGGUCGAACACGGCAACAGGCAUCCUCUGGAGAGUUAUGCGAUUUGGAUUGCGGUCCCCACGGGCAUUGCGUGGACAACGCUUGCGACUGUUUGCCCGGAUGGUCGGGCGAGCUGUGCAAUUUGAAGCAAUGCGAUCCACGAUGCAACGAGCACGGCCAAUGUAAGAACGGUACUUGCUUGUGCGUGACCGGUUGGAACGGAAAACACUGCACCAUGGAAGGUUGCCCAAAUUCCUGUUCCGGGCACGGACAAUGCAGAGUCAGCAACGAUGGCCAGUGGGAGUGCAGGUGUUACGAUGGUUGGGAUGGCAAAGAUUGCAACGUGCUCCUCGAACAGAACUGCAACGACGGAAGAGACAACGACAAAGACGGUCUCAUCGAUUGCGCGGAUCCGGAAUGUUGCUCGAAUCAUAUAUGCCGUAGCAGCCAGCUUUGCGUGUCAGCACCGAAGCCGAUCGAUAUACUUCUGCGAAAGCAGCCGCCGGCCAUCACCGCUUCCUUCUUCGAGAGGAUGAAAUUUUUAAUCGACGAGGGUAGCCUGCAGAACUACGCUCGCCAGGAGACCUUCAACGAGAGCCGAUCGGCCGUUGUCCGUGGUCGCGUUGUCACGCAUCUUGGCACCGGUCUGAUGGGAGUGCGAGUCAGUACCAGCACACCCCUGGAAGGCUUCACCCUGACGAGAGACGACGGCUGGUUCGAUCUCCUAGUGAACGGUGGUGGUGCGGUCACUCUCCAGUUCGGCAGGUCGCCCUUUAAGCCGCAGAGCCACAUAGUUUUCGUCCCAUGGAACGAGGUUGUAAUUAUCGACAAAAUCGUGAUGAGCACCGCUGAAGAAAAGCAACCUAACCACGUUCCACACGCUUGCGCGGCUCAUGAUUACGAUCUGAUGAAGCCAGUUGUUCUGGCGACGUGGAAGCACGGUUUCCAGGGUGCCUGUCCCGACAAGAGCGCCAUUUUGGCCGAGUCCCAAGUCAUACAAGAAAGCCUGCAAAUACCUGGCACAGGAUUGAAUCUUGUUUACCACAGCUCCAGAGCGGCCGGCUAUCUAUCCACGAUACAAUUGCAAUUGACACCGGAAGUCAUACCGCCUACUCUAAAUCUAAUCCAUUUGAGAAUUACAAUCGAGGGUAUCCUAUUCGAGAAAACGUUCGAGGCGGAUCCAGUGAUAAAAUUCACUUACGCGUGGAAUCGAUUGAACGUCUAUAGGCAACGCGUUUACGGUGUCACCACGGCUAUGGUGAAAGUUGGAUACGAGUACAACGACUGCAAGGACAUCAUCUGGGACGUGCAGACGACGAAACUUAGCGGUCACGAUAUGUCCAUUUCCGAAGUUGGGGGAUGGAAUUUGGAUAUUCACCAUAGAUAUAAUUUCCAUGAAGGUAUAUUGCAAAAAGGAGACGGUUCGAAUAUCUAUCUGAAACAGAAACCCAGGGUUAUUCUGACGACAAUGGGAGAUGGACAUCAGAGGCCAUUGGACUGUUACGAUUGCGACGGGCAAGCUUCCAAACAACGACUUCUUGCGCCCGUUGCUCUCGCUACUGCUCCUGAUGGUUCCAUUUUUGUCGGUGAUUUUAAUCUUGUGAGAAAGAUCCUCGUCGAUGGAACUGUUAGGACUGUUGUCAGGCUCAAUGCAACAAGAGUCUCUUACCGCUAUCACAUAGCUCUCAGUCCAUUGGACGGUUCCCUCUACAUUUCUGACCCGGAAUCCCAUCAAAUUAUCCGAGUCCGCGAUACCAACGAUUACUCUGACCCUGAUCACAACUGGGAAACGGUAGUUGGAUCCGGAGAGCGCUGUCUUCCUGGUGAUGAAGCCCAUUGCGGAGACGGCGCUCUCGCUAGAGAUGCCAAACUGGCCUAUCCCAAAGGAGUAGCUGUAUCCGCCGACAAUGUACUGUAUUUCGCAGACGGAACUAACAUCAGAAUGGUCGACAGAGAUGGUAUCAUCACCACCGUGAUCGGCAAUCACAUGCACAAAUCGCAUUGGAAACCCAUCCCUUGCGAGGGUACCCUGAACGUGGAAGAAGUUCAUCUUCGUUGGCCUACGGAAUUAGCGAUCAAUCCUCUGGACAACUCGUUGCAUAUGAUCGAUGAUCACAUGGUACUUCAACUGGCUCCAGACGGUCGUGUCAAAGUUGUUGCUGGACGCCCACUACACUGUGCAUCGCCAUCUUCCUCGUUCGACACGGAGCUCGCGACGCAUGCAACUCUGGUCAUGCCUCAGAGUAUCGCGUUCGGCCCAUCUGGAAAUCUGUAUAUCGCGGAAAGUGACUCUCAAAGAAUUAAUCGCGUGAGAGUGAUCGGUACAGAUGGCAAGAUCUCACCAUACGCAGGUGCAGAAUCGAAGUGCAAUUGCUUGGAACGUGGUUGCGAUUGUUUCGAAGCCGAUCACUAUCUCGCAUCUACCUCCAAAUUCAACACGAUAUCCGCAGUAGCUGUAUCCCCUGACGGUGUUGUACAUAUCGGUGACCAAGCGAACUACAGGAUUCGAUCUGUAAUGGCGAGCAUUCCAGACGCCAGUGGUGCAAGGGAAUAUGAAAUUUACUCACCGGAUACCCAAGAGAUUUACGUAUUCAACAGAUUCGGCCAACACGUGGCUACUAAAAACAUUCUCACCGGUGAAGCUGUUUAUCAAUUCACGUACAAUGUCAAUACCAGCAAUGGAAAACUCAGUACUGUCACAGAUGCAGCCGGUAAUAAAGUGUUCUUGUUAAGAGAUUACAGUAGUCAAGUGAAUUCCAUCGAGAAUACCAAAGGACAGAAGUGCAGGCUUAGGAUGUCCAGGAUGAAAAUGUUGCACGAGCUAAGCACCCCGGAUAAUUAUAACGUCACGUUCGAUUACCAUGGACCGACUGGUUUGCUGAAAACCAAAUUGGAUAGUACAGGCAGGAGUUACGUUUAUAAUUAUGAUGAAUUUGGCAGACUUACUACUGCUGUAACGCCUACAGGAAAGGUGAUCAGUUUGACCUUUGAUCUGAGUUUGAAAGGUGCAGUGGUGAAGGUAGGACAGAAUAAUAGAAAACCUAUCUCGAUGCUGAUCAAGGGAUCUUCCGUUGUGACGAAAAUUGGAGAAGCUGAACAGAGAACAACUGUGCUUCCUGAUGGUUCCGUGGGUCAGGUCACGCCAUGGGCUCAUACGGUUAGCACCGAUACCUUACCAUAUUCCGUGUUGGCCGAAAUCGAGCCGCUAUUGGGCGAGAGUUAUCCAGUACCUGCUAAACAGAAAACGGAAAUCGCUGGAGAUUUGGCAAAUAGAUUCGAAUGGCGAUACUUCCUGCGGAAACUUCAAGGUAACAAGAAUAGAGGUAAUUCGAAGUCCGUGGCUCAAGUUGGUAGAAAGCUUCGUGUCAAUGGAGAUGUUCUACUAUCUCUCGAGUACGAUAGGGAGACUAAUAGCGUGGCCGUGUUCAUGGAGGAUAUAGAGUUUCUAAAUGUCACUUAUGAUAAAACGGCAAGACCGGUUAAAUGGGGACCGAGAAAUGGUAUCUUCUCCGGUGUAGAACUCGAAUACGAUCGGUUUAGUAGAUUAACUAGUUGGACUUGGGGUGACAUCAGCGAAACCUAUGGUUUCGAUAGGGCUGGAAGAUUGUACGAAAUCAAAUAUAGCGAUGGCACAUCGAUGGUGUAUGCAUUCAAGGAUAUGUUCAGUAGUCUUCCGCUGAAAGUAACCACGCCAAGAGGAAGCGAUUAUUUAUUGCAGUACGAUGAAGCUGGGGCAUUGCAAUCGUUAACUACUCCAAGAGGUCAUAUUCACGCCUUCUCGUUACAAACCUCUUUAGGAUUCUACAAAUAUCAAUAUUACUCACCAAUGAACAGGCAUCCGUAUGAAAUUUUGUACAACGAUGAUGGACAGAUUUUAGCGAAGGUGUAUCCUCAUCAAAGUGGCAAGGUUGCUUAUGUUUAUGAUCAUACUGGAAAAUUGGAGACCACUCUUGCUGGACUAUCUUCGAUACACUACACCUAUCAAGAAACCACAAGUCUAGUCCACAGCAUCGAUAUCAAUGAACCAAAUUUCGAAAUGCGUAUUGAAUAUAAAUAUCAUGCAGGAAUUGUCAAAGAUGAGAAGAUUAAAUUCGGUAGUAAGAGUGGUUUGGAUAACGCGCGUUACCGCUACCAAUACGAUGGUAACGCUCGAAUAUCGGGUAUCGAGGUUGAUAUCAAUGGCAAACAGCUUCCUCAAUUACGGUUAAAAUACAAUCAAAACCUUGGAAUAUUAGAAGGCGUAGGAGAUCUCAGAAUAUAUAGAAAUCUGUUCAACAGAUCUGUAAUGCAAGAUAGUAGCAAACAAUUCUUCACUGUCACUGAUUACGACGAACAUGGCCGAGUUAAGGCAGUUUUAAUGAACAUUCGAUCGUUGGACGUGUUCCGUAUGGAACUUGAAUAUGAUAAUAGAAAUCGUAUAAAGAUGAGAAAACUCUCUAUUGGAAAAGAUGCCAUGGAAAAGAAGGAAUGGACCAAGAUGGAGAAGAUAACGUACAAUGCUGAUGGACAUGUAUUGGAAGUAGCAGAUACGGAAAAUAAUUGGCAAUACGCGUAUGAUGAAAAUGGUAACGUGAUAGGUGUCACGGAGCAUAAUGAAAAAAUCGCAUUGGGAUAUGAUAGUGGGGAUCGUGUUGUUCAAUAUGGCGACGUCGAAUUUAAUUCUUACGAUGGACGGGGCUUCGUCGUUAUUCGAGGAGAGCACAAAUACAGAUACAACUCACGUGGCCAGUUGAUUCAUGCAUCAGAACACAAGAAAUUCCAGAUAUGGUAUUUCUAUGAUGAUCGUGGUCGAUUAGUAGCUUGGAAUGAUGAUCGCGAAAAUAUUACGCAAUUUUUCUACGCGAACCCGAAGACGCCGGAUCUGAUCACACAUAUUCACUUCCCCAAGUCCUCGAAAACAUUCCGGUUCCUCUACGAUUCCCGCAAUUUCCUCAUGACAGUAGAAACGUCUGAGCAAAGGUUCUACGUGGCAACUGAUCAAAAUGGCUCCCCUUUGGCGCUGUUCGACACUAAUGGAAAUCUGAUCAAGGAAAUGAGACGUACACCAUUUGGAAAGAUAAUCAAAGAUACCAAUCCAGAUUUCUAUCUUCCUAUCGAUUUCCACGGUGGUCUUCUCGAUCCGAAUACAAAAUUAGUCUACUUAAAUAAAAGACUAUACGAUCCGACCGUUGGACAAUGGAUGACACCUGCGUGGGAACAAAUGGCAAACGAGCUCACCACUCCAACGGAUAUUUUCAUCUAUCGUUUCCGUAACAACGAUCCCAUCAAUUUUAAACAAAACGUCGAGUACAUGACCGAUUUAAGUAGCUGGUUGAAACUUUAUGGUUACGAUAUUUCCGCGAUGUUAGGUUCCGAAUACAUGAAACAAAUGGUGUACCAACCUAGUGCUAUAGUUACGUCGCCACAAUUGACGCCAGACUUCGGUGUUAUGUCAGGUUUACAGUGCAUCGUCAAUCGUGUACACGAAAAAUUUUCCGAUUUAGGAUUCGUCCCCAAACCCUUACUCAAAUUAGAACCAAAGACGAGAAAUCUUCUUCCUCGCGUAGCCCAUCGUCGCGCUGUAUUUGGAGAAGGUAUACUGGUGUCUCGUGUCGGUGGACGAGCACUCGUUAGUGUAGUAGAUGGAGUGAAUAGUGUCGUCCAGGAUGUAGUGACAUCUGUGUUCAACAAUUCGUAUUUCCUGCCGUUGCAUUUUAGCGUCCAUGACCAGGAUGUGUUCUACUUUGUAAAGGACAACGCGUUGAAGAUUCGUGACGAUAUGGAAGAACUUCGUCGUCUAGGUGGGAUGUUUAACGUUUCUACUCAUGAAACUACAGAACAUGGCUCUGGUACUUGGAAAGAAUUGAGGUUACACAAUCCGGACGCCGCUGUUGUGAUUAAGUACGGAGCGGAUCCUGAACAAGAAAGGCAUAGAAUAUUAAAACACGCUCACAAAAGAGCAGUGGAAAGAGCCUGGGAAAUUGAGAAGCAGCUCGUAAUGGCUGGUUUCCAAGGUAGAGGUGAUUGGUCGAAAGAAGAAAAGGAUGAACUAAUUAGUCGAGGUACGGUAAGCGGUUACGAGGGCGUCGAUAUUCACAGUGUACACAGAUAUCCACAAUUAGCCGAUGAUCCUGGUAACGUAGCGUUCACCAGAGAUACAAAAAGAAAACGACGGAAGAGUGGGAACAGGCGUAAUAGGAUUCACAGGCAUGACUCGUGAUUCGAGGAUGUGACGCGGGAUCGUAACGCUAUUUGGGACUUGAUUCAUGCACCUACGUGAAUCGCGCCGCGAACAAACAUACCGAAAGAACAAUGAAGAGAGACAAGACUAACGUUCGUUCCAUCGAGCCGAUUAUAAAAAGAAAAAAAAGGAAAGGUUCAUCGAGAUAGCGAUAUACGUGCCGUCUAACCUCUUUUCUCCCCGAUCGUUCUCUCUGUUCUCUUACCGCACUCGUGAUCAAGAUGGUGGACAAGAAUGAAAAUAAUAGAAAUGUAUUCUUUCGAUCAACCGCUUGAGAAUCAUAUGGUGAUGCUGUCCGUUUUUUUUAUUUUGUGUGUAGCAAAUCCCGCUCGGUGUGCCAUAAUAGCGUUGCUUGUGAUUCAAUCGUGUUCAUAAUUUUUUUUUUGUCGACAGCACGAUCGAAGAUGUUUGUUCGGCGACAGUAUAUAUAUAUAUAUGUAUAUACGUUUGUGGAAAAAUCGUGAUCCGUGAAGAAGAUUGAGCUAGUCACGAGAAAAAAAAGAAAAAGAAAAAGCUUGUUAUGUGGUGAUUAGUUUAUAUUCAUAAUCAAAGAAAAUGAUACUUAUUCGCAAUUGACGUGUUAAGACAUUGAAGUAAGUGCAUGAACGUUCAAGGUGCCGUCCGUGAAUAAUGAAAUUUGAGAUAAAAAAGAAAGGACAUACGAAAUAAAAGGAAGAAAAUAGAGGGCGAGUGCGUGAAAGAGAGAGGAGAGAAGAUACUCCUGUUCUUUCAGAGUGAUCGAUCGAUCCGGAGCUUGGUGUAUUCAUGCAACAGGGUCUAAUGAGACGUGCACGUAGGCACGAACGGGACGCUUCGAUCCCGACGUAUCCGGGGCGUUUUCGUUCUUAUAGAAAGGGAUUAUAUUUAUGCAGAUACUAUGAUACUUUCGCGAUAUCGCCUAUAAAUCGUCGCGGAACAUGCGAACGAACGAAACAAGAUGAUAAAUGCAAAAGAAACAAAAAAAAGAGAUACGUCGACACAAAUAUACAGCAAAUAUUUUUAACAUGACGCAAGUGGUGUGCUAGUGCGAGAUGUGCGAUUGUAAAUAUAGCUACUAUCGUAAUGUGUAGAUAAUAUAUAAUAUAUGUAUAUAUAUAUACAUAUAUAUUUAUAUAUAUGUAUAUAUAUAUAUAUAUAUAUAUAUAUGAUUGAACCGGUAAACUUAAGUGAAAACUGUCGAUAAUGCUUUUAUAUAUGUAUACUACAUGACACACGACUCGCGAAAUAAACGCGCGCGUGUGUAUGUACCGAACACGCGACAUACACACGGAAAAUAUACACAUAUAUACGAACAACACGCGAGACACCUAUACUCACUAUAUAUAGAAAAAGAUAUAGACAAAUUGAUCAAGCAGUAUAUUUUUUUCUUUUUUAAGAAAAUUUGAAAUAUGAUAAUUUUUCUUUAAGAAGAAAAAGAUAAAAAUAUAUCGAAUUGAAAUUGGAUUAAUAGAUUUAUAUAUGCGAUUCACGCAAAAAAAUGCAAAAAAGAUACGUAUCCGUAAAACACAUCCGCCUGGAAGAAUCGGUAAAAAAAAAUAAGUAAUCACAUCCGAUUUUUUUAGAUCGAAAAAAUAAAAUUGGAACUAUCGAUUAUAUUAUCAUUAAAAAUGAGAGGGAAAACGUGUAAAUAAAUAGAUUUGAUAGAUAUGAAAACAUUUACGUGUCAUACUAAAGCUAUAAUAAUUCGGCGUGGAAUUCGUUAUCGUGUAUUUUAUGUCUCGUGUCAGUACCUCGCGUGAUCUGGUAGCAAUGACAACGUGAUGUAACGGGACGAGCAAUAGAUGAGCAAAAAAAAUGUCAUGACGAGAUCCGUCAAAAUAAUGUCCAGGUGGAAUAAUAAUAAUAUGAUAACGAUAAUAAUAAUAAUAAUAAUAAUAACAAUAAUAAUAAUAAUAAUAAUAAUAUAAUAUUAUAAUAAUAAUAUAAUAAUAAUAAUAAUAAUAAUAUUAA